AUGAAAUUCUUUGGCAUGAAGACAGUUGAACAUAAACUUUCCAUUAACGCUGCUAUACCAGAUGAAAUCAAAGAAGCAACUACAACUGUUAAGCAAGAGUUUCUACAUAAAGUAAUAAAACAAUUCCUCUCUGCGUUUGUCAUCAAUGAAAAUGUUUACAAAACACAAAGAGAAAAUGUAUCAGCAUUGGAUAAAUGGGAAAUAUGUCAAAGAAGCCAAACUUUAACUGCUGAUGGCAAAUAUCCAUGUAGAUAUCCUGGCUGUGAAUCAAGUUAUGUGUAUGAUGGUGCAAGUAGAAGAAGGCAUGAGAUGUCCCAUAAUUUGCAAGAACCAAUAUUAGUUUCUGCACACGAGGAGGAGGAAGAUGAACAUGAAAUGCAUGAUGAUAUAUACAACUACCAUUGUAGCCUGAUGAACAUGGCAUUACUACUACGUAAUUUUAAUGAUGCCACUAGAGAAGGGGAUGGAAGUACAAAAUAUGCACUAGAAUCAUUGUAUCAAUUGUUCCAGUUCCAUGCACUUUUGACACCUCGUGAAGCUGAACGCCUUACUUGGAAUAGAUCUGUUAACAACAGAGGUGGAGCAGGUAACAAUGUUCCAUGUGAUCUUGACCUUGAACAUGAUAAUCAUCUAUAUAAGGAAAUGUGCCGAGGACUUGGAGCCAACUUGACAUGUUCAAGCAUAACAAGAAUAUCAAAUGCCUUCUUUGCUUGCAAGGAAGUAAUAAAGAAGUUGGAUUCUGAAAUAAACAUUAAAAGCACAUCUGGUGAACACAUGCACUAA